UGUGCACAUUUUCAGAACUUCAUUUAAAAAAUAACUUUCCUGAGUGUUCAAUAAAUCUAGCGUGCAUGUUUUUGCAAUGUGGAAGGAAUCCGGAAUACCAUAGGCCUGAAUUUAAAACUGUAAGGCAGAUGUGUUGACAAUUUCUACACCGUGCCUAAUUCAAAUCAUAUCAGCCACAAAAGGAACUACCAUUGUCUGAGUCAGACGAGGAUCAUGUCUUAAGUUUUGCAAAAACAGGCGGAGCAUGUCUGGUUUUCGUAAUACCAAUAGGUUCCAAUUGCAGAUUGCUACCAAACAGCUUUCUCUGUCAGUGCCGUGAUGUCUCUCCUCUCUCGUGCCCUCUCUCAAAUCUUUUCCUGGAUCACACUUUAUCAAGUUCUGUUAGUGGGCAUUGUAGGACUGGUCGCCACGGUUACAGCAUGGACCACCAGGUUGUUGCUUCAACAUGCUUGGUUCACUCGCAGACUAUCUUGUUUCAGCAAGCCUCAUGCAGGCUCUUGGCUCAUAGGACACCUGGGUCAGAUGCAGAGCACGGAGGAAGGGCUCCUCCAGGUAGAUGAAUUAGUGCAGACUUAUAAACAUUCCUGCUGCUGGUUCCUAGGGCCUUUCUAUCAUUUGGUCAGACUAUUCCACCCUGAUUAUGUCAAACCUCUUCUAAUGGCACCUGCCAGCAUUACUGUGAAAGAUGAACUCUUUUAUGGUCAUCUCCGUCCAUGGCUCGGGCAGAGCCUGUUGCUCAGCAAUGGGGAGGCAUGGUCUCGCAGAAGGCGUCUUCUGACACCCGCAUUUCAUUUCGACAUACUGAGGAACUACAUUGCAAGAUUUAACUCUUCAGCAGACGCCAUGCAUGAUAAGUGGCGGCGUCUGGUGGCAAAAGGCAUUUCGACAAUUGAGAUAUUUGACCACGUUACUCUGAUGACUUUGGACAGUUUACUGAAAUGUGCCUUCAGCUACAGCAGCAACUGUCAGGAGUCCAGCAGUGAGUACGUGUCAGCCAUAGUUGAACUGAGUGACCACAUAAUAGAGCGGCGUCAAAAUAUUCUGCACCACUGGGACUGGAUUUACUGGAAGUCCCAGCAGGGGAAACGCUUUAAGAAGGCUUUAAACAUUGUGCACAGGUUUACAAGCCAAGUGGUUCAGCGACGCCGUGCCCUCCUUGCGCAGACCUCAUCUAAAUCGACUUUAACAUCUCAGAGGAAAAAGGAUUUUGUGGACAUCAUAUUGCUAUCCAAGGAUGAAGAUGGGCGAGGCUUGACAGAUGAAGAGAUCGAAGCUGAAGCCAACACCUUCAUGUUUGCUGGUCAUGACACAACAGCCAGUGCCAUUUGCUGGACGCUGUAUAAUUUAGCACGUCACACACACUUUCAGGAAAAAUGCAGGGAGGAGGUGUCAGAACUUAUGAAGGGACGUGAAGGACAAGGAAUAGAGUGGUCAGAAAAGAUACAAAUGCAUUGUAACUUUAAAAAGUGUAAUUCUUACUUUGAUGUGUUUAUCCACAGGGAUGAUCUGUCCAACCUUCCUUUCACCACAAUGUGCAUCAGGGAGGCGCUGAGAUUACACUCACCUGUCCAAGCUGUGACAAGGAAGUACACUCAAGAAAUGCCACUGCCAGAGAAUCGUACAGUACCAAAUGGGGCAAUCUGUUUAAUCAGUAUUUACGGAACACAUCACAACCCUGCAGUAUGGACAAAUCCACAUGAAUUUGAUCCGCAGCGUUUUGAUCCAGCUAACCAAGAGGGACGUUCUUCCCAUGCCUUUAUUCCCUUCUCCUCAGGCCCAAGAAACUGCAUUGGUCAAAAGUUUGCACUGGCAGAGCUCCGUGUUGUUGUGUCUUUGACAUUGCUCAGGUUUCGAUUGACACCAGGGAUUAAUCCCAAAAUUGUCUCGGGAGAGGUUCGCCGUCUACCUCAGCUCGUGUUGAGGGCAGAGGGUGGCCUGUGGCUACAGCUGGAGCCUCUGACACCACCUGAUAUGGACACAGCACUUGAUACAUAAUGUUGUUUAGUUGUAAUGUUAACCACAGCACUAUGAAUUACCUUGUGUUGAAAUGUGCUACACAAAUAAAUGUCUUGACUUGCCAAAAUUACUAUCACUUACAAAAACAAAAGAAAAUGCAAAUGAAUUGUAUAAAUGAAUGAAACAUAAUUAUAGCAUCAGAUCAUAUUUAUAUUAUCAUUUCUAUGAUUUUGCUGAGGUCAGUUUGUACAAUAAAAAACAUUCAGUAUGUUUAUGCAGAAUGAUAGUUGUUUUAUUCACACACACACACGCAAGCACGUUUUUCAGAACCAACUUCCAAAACCUUUUCCCCUCACAUAACU